AUGGACGAUGAAAUGGAACUUGGCAUGGGUAUACAUGGUGAAAGUGGUGUACAAAAAUUAAAAUUAUUACCAAUACGACAAACAAUUGAUUUAGCAUUAGAUCAAUUAUUUAUUGGUCCACGUACACUUGACCUUCAACCUGAUAGUAGUGUACUACUUUUUGUCAAUAAUCUAGGUGGUUGUUCAAAUCUUGAAUUGGGUAUUAUUGUUAAAGAGGCUGUUGAAAAUUUAGAACAACGAAAAUUAAAUGUUAAACGUGUUAUUUGUGGAGAAAUGAUGACAUCAUUUAAUAUGAAAGGUUUUUCAUUAACUGUACUUAAAUUAGCAACAGAUAUGAGUUCAUCAAUAUUAAAUUUACUUGAUGCACCAACUGAUGCUUUUGCUUGGCCGAAAGUAAUUAGUCCAACACAAUCAACAAAUAGUAUUCAAGCAUUAUCAGAUUCAUUAGAAUUUAAUGAACAAUUUAGUUCACAAAUUGUAAUUAGUGAAUCUCCUUUAUCAUUUAAUUCAUCUGAUAGCGAAUUAAUUAAUCAAGCACUUCAAGGAAUUGUUAAACGACUUUAUAGUGAAGCAGAUGAAUUAAAUCGAUUAGAUGCUGUUUCAGGUGAUGGUGAUACAGGUACAGCAUUUAUGCGAGCAGCUGAUGCUAUAGCACGUGAUCUUGCUAAUAAAAAAUUAGUACUUCAUCGACCAUCAUCACUUUUCCGUCGUCUUGGUCUUAUUGCAGAAAGUCGAAUGGGUGGAACAUGUGGAGCAAUUUGUGGAUUAUUUUUUGCAGCUACAGCUAAACAAUUAUCAUUAUCAAAUCAAUCACAAAAAAUAAUUGAUAGUCUUUGUGAUGCAUUUGAAGCAGGAAUACAAUCAGUUGAAUCCUAUGCACGUGUACAACCAGGUGAUAAAAGUUUAUUAGAUGCACUUAUUCCAGCUGUUGAUUAUAUUAAAUCAAAACGCAAACAACAAAUUUUUACAUCAAAAGAUUGGAGAGAAUUAGCAUUUGUUACUGAACGAGCUACUCAAGAAACUAGAAAUUUUAUAGCUAAAGUUGGUCGAGCUGCAUAUACAAAAUCUGUAGAAAUUACUGUAGUUGAUCCUGGUGCUAAAGCUGUUUCUAUUAUAAUUCAAGCAAUUUGUGAUAUCUUCAUCAGAGCAAAUAUUAAAUAA